CCUAACAUUAGUGAGAAAAAAAAAUAAACAUCAAUUAGUCGCUCUUGAUUUUUUUCAAGCAAUUUUUUAAUUAAAGCUUGAAACUCUUUGAUGUGACGAUAGAAAAUCGCUUGAAAAUGAAAAUGUACAAAAACUUCGUGAUAUGUGUCUUACUCACCGGAUUAACGUUGUCAAUUGUUGACUCAGCUGGCAUCGACAAAGAAAUGACGAUCAUUGUCGAAGCCGGGCAAACCUCAUGUUUCUUCGAAGCCGGCAAAGCGGGUCAAACCAUCGAUCUCGACUACUCCGUCAUCGAUGGCGGGCACGGAGACCUCGAUAUUUCCUUUACAAUUGCCGAGGGCAACGGAAAAAUCCUCUUCACGGACUACAAACGCAGCGAAAACAUUCAUCGGGUCGACGUGAAGCAGGAUCAACUUUAUCGCUUUUGUUUCGACAACACUUUCAGCACUUUUAACCGAAAAACGGUCUUUUUCGAGCUCAUUAUCGAGACGGAAGGCGACAAUAGCAGAGAAAAUUUCGACUAUGAAGGCUUGAAUCCCGAAGAUGUUUACGAGAUAAAAGUUCAGGAUAUUUACGAUUCCGUGAUAAAAGUCAAGGGAUAUCUGACGCGAGCCAAACAGGCGCAAGACAUGCUCAGCACGUACGAAGCACGCGACAGAAACAUCGCCGAACAGAAUUUUCAUCGUGUCAAUAUUUGGUCUUUUGUGCAAAUUCUUCUCAUGUUGGCAGUUGGCACGCUGCAAGUUUUCAUGGUGCGAAGUUUGUUCGACACGGACUCGAAAGCGAACAAAAUUUGGGCGAAAUUCAAACAUUUUUCGUCGUAAUUUUUUGAUAAAUAUUUUUUUCCAGUGAAAAUACAAAAAAAAAACGCAACACCAAAGAUUUCUGCAUUUAAAUAUUUUUUUCUAAAAAAAAAAGAAAGUUGAAAUCUCAGCAUUUAUUUAAUAAAUUUUAAAAAUAAAGCAAUAUAGCAAAAUUAUCACCAUCGAAUAGAUUUUUAGUCCUUGCCAUACAAAAUUAAAUGUAAAAUUAAAAUUAAAUGUAAUUUAUUCAUUUUUAAGAGACAA